UUUUAACAGCCGUACGAUCAACUCAAUUUGACACAUCUCAGUUUCUCACUUGGACUUCCUCUCAGUCAUCAACUCUCUUUCUUCAGAUCUCUGCGUCUUCUCCUCUGUUUCAAUGUCGCUCCACCUUCUUCUCCUUCUUCUGCUACUUUCCCUGACACCUUCUCUGCUCAAAGCGUCGGUGCAUGAGUACAGAAGCGAGAGAUUCAUGUCCAAAGGCAACGCCUUUGUCUUUCAUGGCGGCAGCGAAGGCAUCUACUCCUCUUCUCCCUCCGAAAAUUUCACCUCCGACUCUGAUUCCCUCUCCUUUAUCCGUUUUGAGAAGAUCACAUUCCGGAGACCUGAGGAAGUAUCCAAUACAUCAUCGUUACCUAUCCACGCGGUGGUUUUUGAGGUAGAAGACAGGGAGAACAUUGGAGGAUCAGCUUACGGUGGGCAGAGAGCUGUCUGUUGCACAUCUGAUUUGGCGAAACUCGGUGUUUGCUCACAUGGUGAGAUCAUUCACCAUCCUUCUUCUAAAGACUCAGCUUGGCCUCAAGUGUUUGGUGUUUCCUUUGUUGAGAAUGAGUUGUCUGCUACGUUGCUAACAAGGUCGAUUCAGAUCACUAGGACUGGAAUGUACAACCUCUACUUCAUUCAUUGUGAUCCUGGUCUUAAGGAUUUGGUUGUUGAAGGUAAAACCAUCUGGAAAAACCCUGGUGGGUACUUACCUGGUAGAAUGGCUCCGUUGAUGUACUUUUACGGGUUCAUGUCUCUUGCCUUUGUGCUUCUUGGCAUCUUCUGGUUCUCACAAUGCGCUAGGUUCUGGAGAGAAGUGCUUCCUUUGCAGAACUGUGUAACUCUGGUGAUAACGCUAGGGAUGUUUGAGAUGGCGCUUUGGUAUUUUGAUUACGCUGAGUUCAACGAGACAGGGGUGAGACCAACCGUGAUCACUAUAUGGGCAGUUACGUUUGGUUCUAUCAAACGUACAUGCGCUCGUGUUAUCAUCCUAAUGGUCUCAAUGGGGUAUGGUGUUGUGAGGCCAACGCUUGGAGGGUUUCAAUCAAAGGUUAUCAUGCUUGGUGUCACCUUCUUUGCUGCUUCUGAAACUCUUGAGCUGUUGGAAAACGUUGGUGCUGUUAGUGAUUUCUCCGGGAAAGCUAGACUGUUUUUAGUUCUUCCCGUUGCGGUUUUGGAUGCUUUCUUCAUCAUAUGGAUAUUCAAGUCUCUUUCUGCUACUUUCAAGAAGCUGCAGACGAGAAGGUUGUUGGUGAAGCUUGAUAUAUACAGAAAGUUCACUAAUGCUUUGGCUGUAGCUAUCUUGGUUUCCCUUGGUUGGAUUUGCUACGAGCUUUACUUCAAGUCUAAAGAUGUUUACAAUGAACAUUGGCAAAACGCUUGGAUCAUCCCUGCCUUUUGGCAGCUUCUCUCCUUCUCACUUCUUAUUGUUAUCUGUUCUCUUUGGGCUCCAUCACAGAACUCGACGAGGUAUGCAUUCUCUGGAUCUUCUGGUGAUUCUAGUGGGGAGUUUGAGAAGGAUGAUUACACACUAACCCUCAUUAAACCAUCUCCAAUUCCUUCUCACGAAGUGAAAAACACCUCAGAAACUACGUCUUUGCAAGCUGACAAAGAAGAACCAGAUUUGGAGGAAGACAAAAGGGAGUAAAGUAGUGAAGACAAUAGUACUUACAAUCGAACUUCUACUAGUUUGACACUUUUUUCUCUCUUUAUAGACACCUCAAAGUUUUAUUAUAUGUAUUCUUGUAGGUCAUGUGAGUUUAGUUUUGUACAAUACUAAGGUCAAGAGACCAUAGCAGCCUCUGCCUUCGGUGUUAUAGUGUUAAAACUGUGUUUUGCCAUGUUUUUUUUACCAUAUGUAAUGUUUGAAUUACAUUUUCCUAAGUUGCAUCUCUACCCUAAAGCUUAUUGUUGUCUGGUAACUUAUGCUUUGUAUGGAGGACAAGGAUAAGCAAAACCAGCUAUAGCAAACACGCGUGCAAAGGGAUGUGACAUUGCCAUAAUGCAACUGAGAAAGAAUAAG